AUGGUCAACGACCAGCGCUUCCAACUGCUAUCUCAGGGAAGCAUGAGCCUGGCACAAGCGGACCAAGCGCUUGCCCCAGGUCCAAACGUUGCUGCUCCUGCGCACGGAGUGGCGGCGCCGUUCUCAUUCUCGUUCGCAACCACAACCAGGUCCUCGUCCUCGUCGGCCUCGUCAUCGUCGUCGUCCACCACUCCAUCGCCGCCACAAGCACCCCCCAGAGUGCCGGAGACGGCUGAGUUCGCCCCGCUGACACUGCCUCUGCCCAAACUGCCUGGUCUGUUGCCGCCCGGGCUGCCUUCCCAAACAUCCUCGACUCGCCCGUCGGAGCCUUCCUCGUCGCCCCCUAAAUUCACCCCGACGGCAACAGCGAGCCCCGCUUCGGCAGGCGCAGGCCCAGCUCCUGCCCCAGGUCCAGGUCCAGGCUUUGCCUCGGCAGGCACGUCGGGCGCGUCGUUCUCAACCGUCCACUCUCAGUAUCACCACCAGACUCUCAGCAGUAUCACAAACACCUCCGGAAGCACUCUGUACACCACCAACAAUGCUGCGUCCAGGUCCACCCCAACCACGGCCACCGAGGUCGACCCGGAUCUCGAAUCUCAGAUUCGACAGCUGCUCAGCCAGCAGGCCGACAUCCAAGUGAGGCUUGCCUCCUUGCUAACAAAUCAACGGGGGUUUGAUCCCGUGGUAGAACUUGAGAUGCUCCGCCAUAAAUGCACCAUUCUCGAGAAUGUUGUACAAAACUUCAGCAACCAGCAUGGAAUUGACCCCUAUAUUCCAAUACUCUCCGAAAUUGAAGAGGCCCGGGCUGUACAAUAUCGUUGCGAGUGUCUUGAAGCUGCUUGCUUGCGAGAUCCUACCAUUGACUUGGUUAAUGCGCUCAAGCUCUCUUGUCAAGAUGCCCCGAAUGGCUUCGCCUUAUGGCUUGAUAAACACCUAGAACUGCACGAUCCGAUCAUCCGUGCCGCCUCAGCAGCCCGAGAGACAACUCCUCCGAACACCCCACCAUCUCAAACACCAUUGCCAUCCCUAUCCUCUCACAAGUGCUGGAAUGAUCAGUGUAUGCAUUAUAUAUAUGGUUUCCCUACCCAGGCCGACCGCGACGACCAUCUACGCACCCACUCAUCCCAGUCCCCCAAGAGAGACUCUGGUCUUUCUGUCGAUGGCAGUCCGCCUAUGGAGCCCGAGAAGCUCUUUCCGGAGCUUGCUUCGCCCGAGCCGUUCACCAGCACGGUGCCAUUCCGCCUGCCACAGCCGGUUUCAAUGGCCAAUUUCCCUCCACUCAACACACAGGGGUUGUAUGGUGAAAGGCACGAGCCUUUUGGAAGCUUUUCCUUCCCAAGCAGCCGGCCGGGAACAAGACGCGGCUCGGCCGAGUCUGACAUCGAUCCUCUACUACCGCCAAUGAAGAGGAGCAGAGUUGGCCAUUCUCGUUUACAAUCCAUCGGCGAGCUUCACCUCAUGCGCAACCCCGAGCCUUGCCUACGGUGUAAGGUUCUGCACAAGACAUGUGACGCGGGCCAUCCUUGCUCGAAUUGUAUGGAGCCCCCAGCAUCAGAGCAUGAGGAACACUGGAAAGCUCUGGGAUGUUAUCGAGGUCCCUUGGCAUCGUUUGCCGAUAUAUUCUUGUCAGGCCCAAUGUCACCUCAUAACGCAGGUACUCCUGUAGCAUCGCCGUUGCUGCAUCGAACCAACACCAACGAGUAUUUACAAAGACGAUGGAUCUAUGACACCGCCACUAUCGCAGCUGUGGAUCAGCAACUCGAUUUCCAUGACAACUUUUGGUGGUCAGGUCUGAUAGACCAGGAGGUAGGACGCAGCGCAGCAGAUCUGUCUCGAGGGACGUCCAUAUCAGCCCCGCCCGUGCUGUGUGCCCUCGCAUCCAGCUCAAACUGCCAGGACACGGCCUAUGACUUGUUGGAGCUUUUGAAGGUCUCUGGAUUUCUCUCUCCAAACCGAACCACCGAGGAGGCGAUCUAUCCUUCUCUUUACCUUGCCAAAUUACUGUUGCGUGAAACGGCACAAUACGAUAUUCCUCGCGUUGAUUCGGCGAUCAGUGUGGGGGGAAGUCAGCGUGAUGCGACGCCCCCUGAAGAGUCUAAUGGGCAUGAGCAUUUGAAGAUCAUCUACCAGUGCUUGCUUCGCUACCUCCAAUCCCUCGACCGGACAAUAGCGCCCGGAAAUAGCCUGUCUGUGAAGGAUUGGCUCUCUGUGUUUUACUCACUUUGCAUAUUUAGUGUUGUACGAACAAUACUCGUUGACAUGACGACGAUUUCACCACAUAGUCUGCAACAGCAUAUUGGCUCUCCUAUUGAGGGCAUUUUCCGCACGAUGAAUGGCGCCUACAAGGCCAUUGUGGACUGUUUUUAUGCAUCGGGCCCCUCGCCUUUGGAUAUUGUAUCAAAUGAACUGUCUACGGAUGAGCUUUCAUUGCUGGGCAUCGCCAGACGGGUGAUUAGGUGGGAUAGUUGGCCAGCAAGACGCAUUUCGUCGAGUUUCGAUUUUCUAAUGAGGCUCGGGAAUGGCUUGCCCGAUGACCCCGUAUUUAACGGGUUUAUUCGGCAACGGACCGUCGAUGCUAGCAGACGCGUCACGAUCCAACUGCCCCCGAUCGCUACGGUUGAGCCGGAAAGUGGACAUUCAGGUGUUUUGUGGCAUCCAUCGGGUAUCAUGAUGGGCUCGAAUGUCGAGAAAGAAGAGCAGGCCUCGGCAUCUCGCCCUGAAGAUUCUUUGAAUAUCCCUCGAGUAAAGUCGAAUAGAUCUCGACGGCACACGGUGGGAGGUUCACCCACAUCGCCACGCAACCCCCGACACCUCGCUUCGCCGAAACCACUGCCAAAGUUCAGAACGUACCCUAAACUCCCAGUUCGCCGCGUGUACUGCUCGAAAUGCAACGAGUAUCCUGAGGGAUUCAGGGGCGAGCACGAAUUGAGGCGCCACGUAGAUGCAAAGCAUGCUGCAAUGGUCAAACGAUGGGUUUGCAAAGAACCUGACGUCCGUGACUUGACUGCACCACAGCCUGCAAUACCGCUCUCCAAAUGCAAGGCAUGCUUAAUCCAGAAGCAUUACGGUGCCUAUUACAAUGCCGCUGCGCAUCUAAGACGAGCCCAUUUUAACCCAAACCGAGGCGGGAAAGCCAGUGGCGACUGGCCCCCAAUGAGUCUCCUGAAAGACUGGAUGCAGGAAGUGCGACAGCCCGCCGAUGCAACACCAGAUGACGAUACUUCGAGCGGAGGGGAUGACCAGGAAUCGAAAUUAGCAAGCGAUGCCCAUGGUGCGUUGGCCAGCCACGACCCGUCCCGUAUCCAUUUAGUGCCAUCAGGAUCAAGAUAUCAAGGAUCGCCAGUUACAGAAGGCAGUUUCCAAGAUAGCCCAACACGUUCAUCUGGGAGGGAUCCUCGGAAUAAAUGCCCCCAUCCUGACUGUGGUCGAGUCUUCAAGGAUAUGGCAGCUCAUAUGCUCACACACCAAGAGCAAAGGCCGGAGAAGUGCCCGAUUGAUACAUGUGAAUACCACGUGAAGGGAUUUGCCCGCAAAUACGACAAGAACCGCCACGCCUUGACACAUUACAAGGGAACCAUGACUUGCCCCUUUUGUCCCAAUGUUGGGACAGUUUAUGAAAAAACAUUUAACCGUGCAGAUGUCUUCAAGAGGCACCUCACAACUUCUCAUCAUGUUGAGCAAGCUCCCCUAAACAGCCGAAAGCUUUUCGCUACAGAAGGCUUCAAAAUGUCUGGUGGUAGACCCGAUUCAUCUUCGGGUGCUAAAUGUUCGAUCUGUCAGAUUGGGUUUGCUUCACCGCAGGAGUUUUAUGAGCAUCUCGAUGAGUGCGUCCUCAGUGUCAUCGUCACCAACUCAACGAGCAGGUCUGCAGUGCAUGCCCCAACAGAGAAAGCUCAACACCACCAUCACUAUCAUAAAAAAGAACAUGAAACAGAAAACGCCGGACCUGCUGCAUAUCCAGUGAGUCGUUCCUCUGUCAUGACGCCUUCAACCACCAGCUCGACCGAUACCUACAGAAGUCGAGGAGAGGGCAACGCUGUACGUGGCGAUAAAAUGGACUGGCAUUAA